GAUAACCAAAGUGUUGAAGGACGGAGAGAGGAUGAUGGUCUUUAUAAUAACGAAUAAUGCGGCUACACGAUGGAUUUCCGGCCGAGACCAGCAGCCACUCAGAUUUAGGCUUGUCGGGCGCCAUCGUUUAACCCCAGCGGUUGGAUUGCCGACGUCGUUUCUGAAUCUUCGUCCUCCAUAUACCCAGAUUGACUUGACUGAUCCAUACCGGUGCAAGAGACAUAUCACUUUCCAAUGUCUCUGCACUUGAUAUCUAAUACUUGAUAUUUGUGUCUCUAGCAUUCCUGUCUACUUGCAUUGAUCCCUUCUUCAGCGACACGCCGCCCUUUCGAUGGCGGGUUAAGCAUGGCAAACCUGCCCGCACGCUCUUCAGACUUCCACCUUACGACCGGACAUUCAGCAGGACCAUCUGCUCACGACCAUCAACUCGCUACUUCCCAUUCACCGUCUCCACGCAGACACAGAGUCACUCGUUCUGCUGCGAGGCUCGCCGCAGAGUCCGCCGCCCCGACCACUCCUACACCCGAAACCACUCAACCUUCACAGCCCCCUGCAACCUCUACGAGAAAACGCAAAGCCCCGUCCCGUCGAGCCUCUGAUCCCACCGACAAGUCGGAAGAACCAAGCCCUGCAUCAACCCGUCAGGGAACCAAAAGACAGAAGUUGGUCGAAACCACACCGACCCAAGUUUCCCCCGCACAAUCUGUUCCUAGAACCACCCGGCGAAGAGGUGUGACGAACGAGUCGGCAAUGUCUAAUAAUGCUUCAUCUUCCAAAUACACGGACGAAGCCACAAAGCAAACAUCGUCGAAGUCAAGUUCCAGACGCACUUCAAGUAGGGGUAACAAGAAGACGCAGCCCGACAUCUCCCCACCGUCUGAAGCACUUCCAAAUCGAAAGCAGAGAAAACGUUUGACCAAGAAGGGACAAGAUGUCAACAUGAAAGAAGACGGAGAGGACAACGAGAAGUCUUCAAGAAGAGACAAGGAGCAAACUCCACCACCUAAUCGAUCUAACAGCGAUAGCAACGACGACGACCCCCACAGCGCGAUGGAGGACGAUGACGGUGGCCUUGAUCCAUUCUCUGCAGCCCUAUUUGGGUCGAGCCGUGGUGCACCUUCUGGUUUGUCCAGCACGCUGAGAGCCCUAAGUGGAAUGAUGAGCGGCAUGUCAUCCAGACUCAGAGACAUCUUGAACAAUCUCCGACAGGUCGAUAAUCCUACUAUGCAGAUGGUGGCCCUUGAAGAAUUGUCAAAUCUCCUCUUGGUCUCCAACGAAGACAAUCUAUCUGGUCAGUUUUCGCCAGAUCCUUACGUUAAAGAGCUGGUGGCUUUGAUGCAGCCGAAUCCCAUCACAGGCGAAGAAAAUCCCGAAGUGAUGCUGCUGGCCUGUCGUUGCCUUGCAAACCUAAUGGAGGCUUUACGAGGCUCUGUUGCCAACGUGGUAUAUGGUGGCGCGGUCCCUGUUCUCUGCCAAAAACUGCUUGAUAUUCAGUACAUCGACGUCGCUGAGCAGGCCUUGAGCACGCUCUCCAAGAUUUCAGUGGACUUUCCAGGAUCGAUCGUUCGCGAAGGCGGCCUGACCGCCUGUCUCCAGUUCCUUGACUUCUUCGCCACUGGUACGCAGCGCACUGCGGUGACCACAGCGGCAAAUUUAUGUAGAAACAUUCCGGACGAUUCGUUCCCUGUUGUUCGAGACGUCAUGCCGAUUCUCUUGAACGUCCUGUCAAGCCACGACCAGAAGGUUGUCGAGCAAGGCUGCCUUUGUGUCACUCGAGUCAUUGACAGCUUCAAGCACAGCCCUGAAAAGCUUGAGCAGCUGGUGGACCCGCCACUGCUUCGAGCCAUCUUAGGUCUGCUUCUUCCCGGCACGACGAAUCUGAUCGGAGCAAACAUUCAUACAGAGUUUCUACGUGUGCUGGCAAUCGUUGCUCGGGCGAGUCCUCAGCUCUCUAUGGAGUUAUUAAAGAUGAAUGUUGUGGACACUCUGUAUCAGAUCCUCACAGGUGUUUCUCCACCAUCCGAUACUACAAAUGCCGCCUUCAAGAUUGACAGUGUCGUGAUCAUGCAAUCUCUCAUUCACCGACCUCGAGAACAAGUGUUUGAGACCCUCAACGUCAUCUGCGAGCUACUUCCACCUCCACAAGUGACAGGCGACGCGAGUUUUGAUGUUCACGACGACAUGGAAGAUGAUUAUUCGGAGGACGGCGAUCAAUCGAGCAGACCUUCGCGAGCAGAAAAGAGAAGAACGUUGUUGGAAGAUUGCAAAGAGGAAACACGCCGGUUCGCGAUGAUUUUGUUGCCAACGCUCACCGAUGCUUAUUCCAGCACUGUCAACCUGAGCGUGCGCCAGAAAGUGCUCACCGCUCAGCUGAAGAUCCUUUCCAACCUCGAAACCUCUGUCAUUGAAGAGGCACUUCGGCCAGUACCGUACGCCUCUUUCCUUGCUUCUAUCCUGUCUCAGGAAGAUCAUGCCAGUCUGGUGAUGUUCGCCCUCCAAGCAUCCGUUCUGCUUUUCCAGAGACUUGAAGGAAUUUAUCAGUAUCAAUUCCAUCGAGAAGGGGUCAUUGGAGAGAUUAAGAAACUCGCCAACAGACCCGUCUCUCGCGAUGCAAGAACAAUCCUACGCCCCGGAGAUGACCAGACUGGUGCUGCUGGUACCAGCACUGACGCCAAUGGCACCUCACAUAAAUCUGACGACCUCAGAGCUACGCUUGCCGACCAGCCUGAUGAUUAUCUAGCCAACGACGAUUACGGAGGGGGCGACGAAGAUGACGAGGAAGAUGAUGGUGAGGAUGACCCAGAAGACGAGGACAACGAUGACGAGCGCGAAGAUGAAGAAAAUGCCGCGAGACAUCAUGAUGAUGUGGAUGAUUCACAGAGCUCUGAUUCAUCAGACGAGGAGCACCUGCCAUCGGCCUUGACAUCCUCUGGACUAUCGGACCAGGUCAUCAAGCGAGCGAAGAAAUUCCUCGAACAAUACGACACGGCGAAGGGUAGAGAGAUGAAAGAAAAAGCUCUCAACAUUCGCAGCGAUCUUCAGAAACUGGCUGGCGACAUCCAAGAGUACUAUCGUCAACCACAUCCUAUUGACACAGGGAAUGAUUUGUUCGUACGUCUCGCCAAUUACUUCCAUGGUGAUGCACUUGAAAGCAUAACGAGCUCGGAACUUCUGGACUCCGGAGUUAUCCGUGUGCUGGUGCAGGUGCUCUCUGAGGAUCCUUUGAUGGCCGAGAAUCAAUCUCGGGCACAUUUCGUGUCAGCCUUUAUGGAUUCCACCAAUGAGGCGCAGAUCAAGACUACCGCUGCAUCUUCUGCGACCGCUUUCAGCGUGCUGAUCCAGAAAUUGCAAGAUCUGCUCAGCCGUGCAGAACACUUCGAGGUCCUCACUGUCAACAACAACGCAUCUGAGAGCAGCAGGAGCAGCUCUACAUCGAUGCUCUCGCGGCAACUUCGUUUGAGGCUAUCGGCAGAUGGUGAUAGUGACAUUCCUCCGUCAUAUCGCGAGAUGAUCGUCUCCAUUCAUGCAAUCGCGACAUUCAAAGCACUGGACGACUAUCUGCGACCUCGAUUUAGCCAAACCGAUCGACCUUCGGCUCAGCGACGUCGAGACAUGCUUCAGCAAUUGGCCAAUGCUCGACUUGCUCAUCUCUCUGGCGCCGCAGAAUCAGGGCUGUUGUCCCCAUUCGGGCACGAUCUCCGCUCCCCUGCUACCCCGGGCAAUGCUGCAUCACGGGUCUCGUCUCAGGUCAAACAGAAAUCUGAAGAGGCACAGACACCGGCUGAAAAGAAACCUGAGAAAACCGAGCGCAAGCGGUUGACUCGACGCGGCCAAGCAUCAUCUUCGAGUCAGCAGUCUGCUCACCCACCGGAGCCAAGCACAGAAGACGAGGGAAACAAGCUCGAAUGUGCCGAUGAAAAAGUCCUUGAUGACGAAGAAGGCCAUGGUGAUGACGAUGAGGGUGCGCUUGAGGCUUUCGUUGACGAUCUGGACGGGGAAUCUGACGAUGAUACGCCUGAACUUGGUGCUGUCAACAUGGAAGUCGGCUCGACUGGAAAGGUGACCGCCCGUCAAGAAGACGGUACCAGAGUCCUCACACCUCAACCCGGGACCCCGGUUCCAGGAACUACUCGUCCGCCUUCCUCAGGACAGUCUCCAGCUCCGUCCCCAGCGACCACGCGUGCGUCAUACGCUUCAGCCCUUGCCUCUACUCCACAAGAUUGGCACGUCGAAUUCAGCAUCGAUGGUAAGAUCAUACCCAACAACACAACCAUCUAUCGAGCCGUUCACCACAACCGUAAUCAACCUCAGGAUCUUUCGUCACGCAGCGUGUGGUCAGGUGUUCAUACCAUCAAAUUUAGGAAGGCUCGAGGGCCGCCACCGAAUCCCUCCAGCCUUCCUGCCUGGGGCGAGACUGACAAGCAAGGUUCAAGCGACGGCCUGCCAGCGUCUCUCAACGGUCACCCCAUCACUUCAUCGAUACUUAGUUUGCUUCGACUUCUCCAUGAGCUCAACGCGGACUUGAUUGAAGUCAAGGAGGUCCUUGGAAAACCCGAUCUGCAACUCUACAAGGAGCCCCUAGCGUCGUUCAUUAACACCAAGUUGACAGCCAAAAUGAACCGACAGCUGGAGGAACCACUGAUUGUCGCCAGCAAUUGUCUUCCUGAGUGGAGCGAAGAUCUUGCCAGGUCUUUCCCUUUCUUGUUCCCAUUUGAGACGCGACACCUCUUCUUGCAAUCUACUUCCUUCGGAUACUCACGCUCCAUGAUUCGCUGGCAAAACAGCCAAUCUGAGAAUGAUGAUCGUCGUGACCGUCGCCGAGAUGAUCGGCAAAUUCUCGGCCGGCCUCAACGACAGAAAGUGCGAAUCUCUCGCCAUCGGAUCUUGGAGUCGGCCAUGAAAGUUAUGGACAUGUAUGGCGCGUCCCCAAGUGUCUUGGAGGUCGAAUACUUCGAGGAGGUUGGAACUGGUCUUGGUCCAACGCUGGAAUUCUAUUCAACCGUCUCAAAAGAGUUCUCGAAGAAAAAGUUGAAGAUGUGGCGUGAGAACGAUUCAGCCGACGGCGAACAAUUUGCAUUCGGUAAGAAUGGACUCUUCCCGGCCCCAAUGAGCCAGGGCAACGCAAACACCGAGGCUGGCAAGAAAUUGUCGUUGCUCUUCAAGACUCUUGGAAAGUUCGUGGCACGGUCGAUGCUUGACUCCCGCAUCAUUGACAUCGCAUUCAAUCCGACCUUCUUCAAAGUGGGCGCCAUUUCGCAUAUGAUACCUACAAUCGCCUUACUGCGUACUAUCGAUCAGGACCUCGCGAAUUCUCUGUCUCAGUUGCACCAGUUUGUUAAUGCAAAGACAAAGAUUGAACUUGACUCGUCCAUGACGAAGUUGGAGAAGCAACAAGCCAUUGAUGAUCUUACCAUUCGCGGUGCUAAAGUCGAAGACCUCAUGCUUGAUUUCACCCUCCCAGGCUAUCCAGACAUCGAGCUCGUGGAAAAUGGCUCUGAGAUCGGAGUCACCCUGGAAAAUGUUCAACAUUAUAUCGAACAAGUCCUCGACAUGAGCCUUGGACGCGGAGUACGGACACAGAUUGAGUCAUUCCAAGCAGGAUUCUCUCAAGUCUUUUCUUACGCUACACUGAAAGCAUUCACUCCCGAUGAGUUGGUCAUGAUAUUUGGACGCGUGGAGGAAGACUGGUCGAUAGAGACUUUGAUGGAUUCCGUCAAGGCGGAUCAUGGCUUCAACAUGGACAGCAAGAGUGUCAGAAACCUCCUUCAGACCAUGGCCGAGAUGAGCCCGCCUCAGCGACGCGAAUUCCUGAUGUUCGUCACCGGAAGCCCUAGACUGCCAAUGGGCGGUUUCAAGAGCCUCACCCCCAUGUUUACCGUCGUGUGCAAACCUUCGGAGCCACCUUACACCUCAGAUGACUAUCUGCCGAGUGUGAUGACCUGUGUCAACUAUCUGAAACUGCCAGACUACACCUCACAAGCUGUCCUGAAAGAGAAAUUGUUUGUGGCAAUCCGAGAGGGUCAAGGAGCUUUCCACUUGUCUUGAGCUAGGAAAACGAGAUUAUUUGCAGGCCACUGGGCAGACUGAGGCUGGGCAGACCAAUUUGAAGUCGAGGGGCCGUCAGGACUGGAUUCGCUCUGCUUUACGGAUGGUAAAAUGGAGCGUUCGAGAAGCACUAGGUGGAGCUGUGAUAAAGCAACCCGCCUAAAGGGCAUGGGAAAAACGAAAUGAAGAAACGGACCUUUUUUCAGGAAUGGAGCUGGCAUUGCGCGGGGCGGGCUUGGUUCUGUUUCAAGGCGACUUCCGUCACGAACACCUGAUGUUUCGCCCUGGGAACGUAUGGUUGCGCCAUGGGAAAAGAGCGAUCACUGGCUCUGCCUGACGAGAGGAUCCAUCAAGGACAUCGUGAUUGUCCCAUGCAUUAUGAAAGAUCACAUAGCCUUCAACCACAGUUAAGCAUGUUUAAUCAGAGCAUAUCUACUCAGUCCUUCAGGG